CUGCGUAGCCCAACCCUGCUCCGAUUCACCCUCUCUCUCACCACAGAUCACACAACAGCUCCAAGACCUGCAUCUGAAGGAGCUUAUUUUCUCCCGUAAAACAGCAGAGACAUACAAACAGUAUCACCAGUACCGGCCCUCAUCUGCGACACCUCGCCCCUACGGGGAAACUCACGCAAAUUCCAAUCACAAAUCUAGCAAGAAGUUGGACUCACUCGCCCUCCUGUUUAUAUAAUUUCUAUUUUCUUCUGGAGAUUAAAGUCAAGACUUUUGAGAGGCGACGCCGCUGUGAGACAUUGAAAGUUGGAAGAAAUUAUAUUCCAGAAAACAAUCCUUCCAAAAAUCUGUCCUUGGCCUGGUGGGGGUGGAAUAUCCCCCGGUUAACAACAGGAGAGGACUCAGAGCAAGGGAGAGAGCGACACCGCCGGCGCCCAUCGGUCUCUAAUACCAGCGCAGAAUGAUUGGCGCUGCUGGGAGAAUUUGAAGGGACGGAGGGAGACAGAUAGUUCAGACCCACACAACAGAUGCACCCAUGUGUUUGUCUCCUCCAAGAGAGCAUCCAGUUGAGACCGGCUAAUGUACACUCCAUAAGACUGCAAUGCUAAAGAGAAUGAGUGGGAAGUAUAUAUGGAAUGUGGGUAAAUGGAUUAUCCUGCUCACCAUUUGCCUGAUAACUACUUUGGGAAGAGUGAGUCUGGCUUCAACCCAUCAUCGCAGCCACUCAGUGGUUCAUGUUAAAGCUGGAACGUGUGAGGUGAUUGCUGCCCACCGAUGCUGCAACAAGAACAAGAUUGAGGAGCGUUCCCAGACGGUGAAGUGCUCCUGCUUUCCUGGCCAGGUAGCUGGGACCACACGAGCAGCUCCAUCUUGUGUUGAUGCCUCGAUUGUUGUUCAGAAGUGGUGGUGCCACAUGGAGCCGUGCCUGGAGGGGGAGGAGUGUAAGGUUCUACCGGAUCUGAGUGGGUGGAGCUGUAGCACUGGAAACAAAGUCAAAACCACCAAGGUUACUCGAUAGUCCUUUGGGAAAACGGGAGGCAGUGAUUUAAUUUUUUAAACCUGAAAAGUGUUCCACCUUUCAACUGAGGGGGCCCACAGAUUGGACCGGUUAACCUGACUUAUAGUUUGUUCCCAAGCAGCUGCUUUUGUCCGAAUGGGAAUCGCUUGGGCUCCCAAAGGAACGUCAGAUAUAAUGAAUGCAGUCGGGACACAACACAGGAGGAAAGGAAGCAUCGGAGAGCCUCUAGUGAACACUGUGCAGCUGGUCAGGACAAAGACUACGGUGUCCAUGAAGUAUUCUUAACAACACACUCUGGAGAUGGACAUCGGUCACUCUGAAAGUCCAGCUUACUUCCAACCUUCUGAAGCCUGAAAAAAGAGGGACAUCUCACCCCCAGCCCCUUGUUCUCACACAGGGACAAUUCUCCCCUGCCUCUUUUCCCAGUCCAGAUAUAACUCAGUCUGAACACAAGCUGUGGUCUCCAAAAAACAUGACAUUAAGCUGCCUUCCAAAGGAAAAGGAAACCAUGUUGAUCUGCACCAUUCCAAUGGUUUUUUUGCCACUUUCCAUUCAAUUCCAGUCGACAAAACACUGCCCUCUGUUUUUAAGCUGCUUCAACCACUCACCUAUCUGGAGAAGAUGUUGAUUAUGGCAGUAGAGCAUUUGCCUGGUUUGUAGCAUCUCCUACAUCCACAGGAUAUUAAUGCUAAUGCUUAAUAGCCACUACCUAAGUUGGAGUUGAGUCCACAGUGAGAAUUGUUGAACAAAUUUUAAGGCAGCUUCAGGAUUGCCCGUUUCUAUACCUGACUGGAUCCCAUUCACUUCCUGCCUCAGUGGGUCUAGUUAUACUGCUGCAAGGCUUCUGGGAACAGUGGUUCUGUUGUGAUGAUUCCUCCCCCUCUAAUUGCUCCGUUACCUACUGACAUUGAAGUUCUUGUCCUUAUUUUUAUAACAGGCCUGCUGAAUGGCUUCUUGAGACUGAGUAGUGAGA